AUGGCUCCUCCUCCACGUCUGCGCAUUCUGUCCAUCGGUGGCAAUGCGAUCUCAGCUUUUCUCUCAUGGCGACUUCAGGCAACAGCGUCUUGCGACGUUACCCUGGUCUGGAAAUCCGGAUUUGAAGCUGUGUCUCAAUACGGUGUUUCGUUCAAAUCAAAAGCAUUCGGCAACGAGCGAUUCAAACCCCGUCAUGUUGUUCGUGCCCCGGAAGAGGCAUCAUCCCGCGAAAAUGCCUACGACUAUGUCAUCCUUUGCGUGAAAGCCCUGCCGGAUGUCUACGAUCUUGCCUCCGUGAUUGAAUCCGUGGUCACCCCCCAACAUACCUGUAUUCUGGUGAACACCACAAAUACUCUCGGCAUUGAAUCCCAUCUCGAGCAAAGAUACCCAACGAACGUCAUUCUCUCUCUGAUUUCCAAUGUCGAAAUCUCCCAAACGGGCCCCAGCGAGUUUGAGCAUCUGAGCUCGAGUGAGAUUUACGUGGGCGCAACCAAUAAAUCGUCGUCUAUCCCAACUUCCAUUCAAAACGACAUGGCGGCAGCAUUGUCCCUGACUUUGAACUCCGGCCAAGUUGACUGCAAGGUUUCCAGUAAUAUCAGACAGGCGCAAUUCGACCGUAUGAUUGGCCCGAUCGCGUUCCAUCCCGCAAGCGUCAUGUUCGAUACCCCCAAUCAUACACAACUGCUCGAGAAGAUCGGUGUUCGUUCAUUGGUAACGGGCGUGAUUGAUGAGCUGAUGGAACUCGCAUCUACAUACAAUUGCUCAUUCCCCAGCGACUUCCGGGACAAGACGAUCGAAAAAAUGACUGCCUCGGACACUCCAUCCACGAUGUAUUCGGAUUUCCAGGCCCGACGCCCCAUGGAGAUUGAGACUUUCCUCGGGUCGCCACUCAAGUUGGCGAUCGAAUCGAACGUUCGCGUGCCCCGGGUUGAAACAAUUUAUGAACCAGCCACCUCCUCGAAUGUCUUCCGUGCCCCCGCAACAGCGACCCAUGAUGAAUGGCGGCCCUCCAUCUAUGCGUGGAGGCCGAGCACCCUCGGGCAUGGGUAUGCCCCCGCCACAAAGACGGGGCCCACCGCCGGGUAUGAUGCCGAGAGGUCCACCUGGACCUAUGCCAAUGCCACCCCCAACCGAAUCCCGCGCGACCCGUCCUUGGAGGGACUCGAGGAAUUCAGCCAUUUAGUUGUAUACGAUGGAGAGGGCGAACCGAGCAUACCACAGCAGAAUGGCAAUGGGUACCCCGAGCCAGCACCUGGUCCUGCUGUACCUGGCCCUGCUGCAUCUGAUCUGACAUUACGGGAGCGGGAGUUGGCUCUUCGUCAACGUGAAUUGCAGUUACGCGAACAGGAAAUGAGCAUGCGCCGAGGCCCUCCUGGCCCUCCUGGUCCUCCUGGUCCAGGACGUCGGGGACCGCCUCCCCGUCCCUCUACGGCAUUUGAUGAAGAGGAUGAAGACUAUUUCGACCCAAUGAACACUAUGGGUAUUCCUCAUAUCGAUCCCGACAGUGUCGACAUGAUGAGCAUGACUUCUCGUCGAGCACGCAAAGGCCCGAGUCACAGCCAACUGCGCAAAAAUCCCGAAUUAGCAGCAAACGGCCCUGGAGGCACUCGCUCUUCGUCAUCGGCUUUCGGCCGUGCCUUUGGCAAGAAACGCACAAGCGACGUCGCAAUGCAACAAAUUCCAGGUCUCCACGAUUCACUCAUGGGUCACACUCUGAUGGGCUACUCCUCCAACAGAUAUGGAGCUGUUGACCGUGGCCAAAUGCAUGCAGAUUCUCGGGCCAAUUCUUUAACAGCUAGCCACAUGGGUGAUUACCCACCUCGAUCCUUCCCACAGAGCCGGCGAAAUAGCCAAACUCCCGCACCUCCAUUUGGUGGACCCCCGGGGCCUUAUGGACCUGGCCCAGGAGCGUCCCGAUUGGGCCGACCUGUAACUGCGCAUGAUCAAAGUCAUGGCCCCCCUGGUGGACCUCACAAUGGCCAGCCGUCGCCGCCUGGUAACAUGCGUACGCCGGUACCGCGGUAUCCUCCAGGACAAGGAAACGCGGUAGCGCCGCAGCAAGUUGAGCAACACUAUGGGGUGAGCAAUACUUUCCCAGGCAAUGGUCCUCCUAAAAAUUUAAAUCUAACCGGCAGUGCGAGCGCUAGCGCGGGGAGUGGUGAUAGUGGAGCUAGUGCAAAUCUUGACUCAGAACCCUCAUCUCACAGCAGCCAGGUCAGCCUCGGUGGCCAAGGAGUUGCAGCACCCGUUCGUUAA